AUGACUAAUGUAACCGAAUUCGUCCUCCUGGGGCUGACCCAGAAUCUGGAACUUCAGAAGCUUUCAUUCGCUGUGUUUUCCAUGGUUUACUUGGUUACGCUGGCUGGUAACCUGCUCAUCAUGGUCACCAUCGGUACGAGCAGCACUUUACGGUCUCCCAUGUACUUCUUCCUGUCUUAUUUAUCCUUUAUCGAUGGCUGCUGCUCUUCAUCCAUGACUCCAAAAAUGCUAGCGGAUACUCUUGCUGUGAGAAAAACCAUUUCUUUCAGGGGCUGCAUGACUCAAGUCUUCGCGGAGCAUCUUUUCGGUGCUGCUGAGAUCAUCCUGCUGACAGCGAUGGCUUAUGACCGCUACGUGGCCAUCUGCAAGCCCCUGCACUACGCCACCAUCAUGAGCCGUAGGCUGUGCAGCCUCCUCGUGGCAGUGGCCUGGGGUGGAGCGCUUGUCCAUGCGACCAUUCAGAUUCUUUUCACAGUCUGGCUGCCAUUCUGUGGCCCCAAUGUCAUCGAUCACUUCAUGUGUGACUUGAACCCUUUGUUGCAACUUGUCUGCAUGGACACUCAUAUCCUUGGUCUCUUUGUUGCCGCCAACAGUGGAUUCAUAUGCCUGCUAAAUUUCCUUCUCUUGCUGGUGUCCUAUGUGGUCAUCUUGCACUCCCUAAGGACUCACAGCAUGGAGGGGAGACGCAAAGCCCUCUCCACUUGUGGCUCUCACAUCACAGUGGUCGUUUUAUUCUUUGUGCCCUGUAUCUUUGUGUAUAUGCGGCCAGCGACUACCUUUUCUGUUGAUAAAGCUGUGGCUGUCUUUUAUACUAUGAUCACUCCCAUGUUAAACCCUUUAAUCUAUACUCUCAGAAAUGCAGAAGUGAAAAAUGCAAUGAAGAAACUUUGGGGUCAAAAAGUGACCUUAAUUAAGAAAAAAUAA